UUCUCCCACCCUCUCACCUUCUAUUGAUGAUUAAAAGAAGAUAAAAGUCGGACUGCCCAGCUCGCCGCAGACUCACCCACCAUCUGACAUCUGCGGGGUGGACAUCAUCCCAGACUGUGGCAGGAGCUGGCUGGCUGGAGAAUGAAUUGGAUUCUGUGUUUGAGCCUCACCCUCCUUCUGGUGGUGCAGACAGCCUGGGGUGCCUUGCACACCAAGGAGCCUCUAGCAGAUACCAAAUAUGGGACACUCCGAGGAAAGCAGAUACACGUGGGGAAGACGCCCAUCAAUGUCUUCCUAGGAGUUCCCUUCUCCAGACCUCCUGUGGGUGCCCGCAGAUUCACUGCCCCAGAACCCCCAGAGCCCUGGAAAGGAAUCAGAGAUGCUACCACCUACGCCCCUGUGUGCCUCCAGGAGUCCUGGGGGCAGGUCACCUCCAUCUAUUUCAACACACACAAGCAAUAUAAAUGGCUGCACUUCAAUGAGGACUGUCUGUACCUGAAUGUGCACGCGCCAGUGCGAGCGCGCGGGGACCCUCUGCAGCCUGUGAUGAUCUGGUUCCCAGGAGGCGCCUUCCUCGUGGGUUCCGCUUCCACGUACGAUGGCUCCGAAUUGGCUGCCCGGGAGAAAGUGGUGGUCGUGGUUCUGCAGCACAGGCUCGGCAUCUUGGGCUUCUUCAGCACUGGGGACAGCCAAGCGCGGGGGAACUGGGCGCUGCUGGACCAGAUUGCGGCUCUGCGCUGGGUGCAGAAGAACAUCGAAGCCUUCGGCGGAGACCCAGGCUGCGUGACUUUAUUCGGCCAGUCAUCAGGGGCCAUGUGCAUCUCGGGAUUGAUGACAUCACCCCUAGCCCGGGGUCUCUUCCAUCGGGCCAUUUCCCAGAGUGGCACUGCAGUAUUCCAGAUCUUCAUCACUCCUGAUCCACUGAAGGUGGCCAAGAAGAUUGCCCAGCUGGCAGGCUGCAAUCACAACAGCACAAAGAUUCUGGUAGACUGCCUGAGAACACUAUCAGGGGCUGAGGUGAUGCGUGUUUCCCAGAAGAUGAGAUUCUUCAAACUGCACUCCCAGGAAGACCCUCAAAAGAUUGUGUGGUUCAUGAGCCCCGUGGUGGACGGUGUAGUGUUCCAAGACAACCCUAUUGUGCUCCUGACUCAGGGGCAGGUUGCACCUGUGCCUUACCUUUUGGGUGUCAACAGUCUGGAGUUCAACUGGCUCUUGCCUUUUAUCAUGAAGUUUCCGAUGAGCCAUCUGAGGAAAGAAACCAUCAGCAAGCUGCUCUGGAGUACCAGCACCCUGUUGAAUGUCACCAAGGAGCAGUUGCCACUGGUGAUGGAAGAGUACCUGAGUGAUGUGGAUGGUCAUGACCAGAAGAUGCUACAGGAACGUGUGAUGGACCUAGCUGAGGAUGCUACCUUUGUGUACUCCACACUGCAGGCUGCCCGCUACCACCGCAAUGCUGGCUUCCCUGUCUACCUGUACGAGUUUGAGCACUAUGCUCCUGGCACUAUCGUAAAACCCCGCACUGAUGGGGCAGACCAUGGAGAUGAGAUCGGCUUCAUCUUCGGAAGUCCCUUCUCCAAAGGCCAUUCCUCAAGCAAGGAAAAGGCACUGAGUCUCCAGAUGAUGAAAUACUGGGCCAACUUUGCUCGCUCAGGGGAGCUUUCUGAAAUAUCAUUUGACCAAGUCACCCACUUAAAACUUCAUGGCUUCCCUUUGUUCCCAGAAACCCCAAUGGUGGGAAGCUGCCCUACUGGCCACGCUACAACGAGGAUGAGAAGUACCUGCAGCUGGAUUUAACCACAAGGGUGGGUGUGAUGCUCAAGGAGGAGAAGAUGGCGUUUUGGAAGAAGCUGCACCAGAAUUAAGGACCUGAAAAGCAAGGCAAUUCUGAGGACAGCUCUGCAGGAGGGAGCCUUAGGGAUUGUCCCACCAUGCAGGCCUUGGGAAGACUGGCCUUGGACAUAUCUGGGACAAGCAUCGGCCCUCCCCAGUCCAGGUCCUGCAGAGGGUCCCUAUUCCUUCCAUGACAGAGCCUUAGCCUGUUUGGGGCCCAGAAGCACCCUCUUCAGCCUGACAUCCCAUGAUGUCCAGCUAUCUCACUGACCAUUGGAUUAGUCCAGGCCCUUUCUGCCAGAUUCUGCCCAGCUACCCAGACUCAGAACAAAUGCUUCUCUUCCUUCUCCAAAUUCUCCCACCCAUCAAGGUCAGCUUCAAGCUACUUCUUAUGGGAAGCCCACUCAGAUUGCCACUGCCCCACCAUUGCAAACAGUUUGCCAUUCAUCCUGCUCAACCUUAUGCCUUUUCACAUUGGACUGAGGCCUUGGGCAGGUUAUAUGUUAUAAGGAGUGAUGCUUUGACAGCUGGGGAUCUUCUCCCCUUUCCAUACGGAUUUUUCCCAGGGCCCCUUCAAAGCCUGGCCACAGAGACAGUCCUUAAUAAAGACACGUUGACUUGCCCUGAAUUUUUGUCCAUCUGUGAAACAGUUGAGUGAAGCAGAUGGUUUCUUGAUUUGAGUCCUUGGAGGGAGGGAGCACUACUGGCUUCUCUCUGCUGGGCUGAGCCUGCGCUGCUCACUCAGUCAAGGAGAGCUGCUGCAAAGUUGCCUGGGCUGCAGAACACCUGGCUUUUUUUUUCACUGUCUCGAGUGCACCUCUCAAGACAUCCACACUCCAUGCUCACUUGUCUACUGGGUGAGGUCUUGGUGCUGCAUCCAGACUCCUCACUCUCUGGUUUCUCUUGCAACCUGGGCAUACCUUCACUUUGUUUUAUUUGGGAAUUUUUUGUGGAUUUUUUUGUUUUUGGAAAAUAUAUACAACAUGCAAUUUACCAUUU